AUUGGAAUGGUGCAAGUGGGCCUAAGAGUGUAUGGUUGAUUGCUUUAAGAGAUUAGAUUGCUUUUUGAAAUAGUACAUUACUAUAGAGGCCGGGAAACGAAGGGUUGCAGGCCAAGUAGAUAUAGAUACGCGGCCGGCAACCCCGUUUCUCGCCGAGAUUUGUAUAGUGCUUUUCUCAAACUUGCAAUUAAAACAAAAAAUUGUAGUCUAUUUGUUUUGUGGUGAACUACUCGGCUCGCCACUCUAUCAGCGGUGCCUUACGCGCGUAAGUCCGCGCGCCUGCGUGAUGCGCCACCGCCGUUGCUUAGCAACGAAUAUGCACAACAGAUCACCGUACCAAGCUAACUGAAAAAUAUUAUUUGUUGAUGGUUGAAUGCCAAGACGUUGUGUCACAAUUUGACGUUAAAAAUCAAAAGAAGUUUGCUUUACAGUCCUAGGUGUGUAAGGCAGUAUGAAAUUCCUUUACAUAUCAUCUUCACUCAUCGCACCUGAUAUGUAGUAUUUCCGGGCCUAAUUUGACGUAAGUCAUGUCAUCAUUUCAUAGCAAGUUUGAGAAAAGUAAUUUAAUGCUUACUUUUUUUUAUUUCCAGUUUUACAAAUUUCAAGAACAAUAUGUGGAGUACGAUGAACUCGUCACUUUAAGUGAGAACUUCAAGUAUUUACAACGGCUCACUUUCAAUAUUUCUUUUGUAUCGGACUAUUUUGUUACAAAAUUCAUAGCCAAUAGAGCUUUAGAAGAAUUACAAUUUAGCGGCAAUCAUAAAGUGACUGGUUCCUUCUUGAACAAAAUUAAAUUGAGGAACUUAAAAGCCUUAAAUUUCAAAAAUUGCAAAAGGUUGGAUUUCGAUUUGAAUGUCAUCCCUGGGCUGAAGAAAUUAGAACUCAACUAUGUGCCGUGGAGUAUUUGUGAGCCUAUAAUCCAAGUACUAAAUAAGCUACAGGAAUUAGAACAUUUAGAACUGAUUCUGAGUUUUAAUACCGCGAAUGAUAUGUUUUUUGAGUGCGUGUCUAAGCUCAGUCGGUUGAAGCAUCUGAAUGUGAAUAUUAAGGCUUCGAAUGACGAUCUAGUAUUAUUAAGUAUGGGAUGUAUGGAGUUGCGAUCAUUGUUGUUGGCAAAUUGUACUGAUAUUUCAGGGCUAGGAGUUACGGCGCUGUGUUCCAACGCAGGGGAGCGGCUCACCACGCUAGGGUUAAAGUGUAGUGACCGCUUUACUGAUGACAACGUGGUGACCAUCAUCAAGUGCUGUCCCAAUCUUACGUUUCUGGACGUGAGCGACUGUUGAAGAUUGACAUACGCUCUGCUGAGUCGCGUUGAAUCUGCGCGGAUCGCGCUGCGCAGAAUACAAGUAUUGCGCCUGCGCGCAAUGAGAAGCACAAUCACUUUUGAUCAAACGAGAAAAUAUGAAGAGUUAUAUCCAGAACUUUCACUUGAGGCACACUGCUUAGAUGAAGAUAUUGAAGAUGAAUUUGAAUACUGGCCAUUUGAGCGGUCGGAGACACCUACGUACGUGAACAUACCAAACUAUUUCGCCUUAGUAGCGCAGAAUAAUUAACAGUAUUUCACAGAAAAGUCACGUUACGCCCGGGUCCGAAUGGAAAUACCUAACCCCGUUGCUGCGUUUUGAACUUUUGACUGAAGAUUGACAGAAUCUCAGGUCGAUUGGCAAUGCGAUGACGGAACGUUGAGGGGCAUUGUGUGGAUCUUGUCAACUUUAGUAAAUAAUUUUAGUUCGGUUCCCGUGUACGUACCUUUACCUAUGAGUACAUUAUGAAUUAAAAAUAAAUGAAUUUUUAAAGUAGGUACGUGGUUGUUUGUGUCUAAAAAUGCUACGAAGGCGAAUCUGCCAUA